AUGAUUCAAUGCCCCGCGCCCAGCGAUCGCGUCCAGAAGCGCACGCCCAUUGCGGGGAUGACUACACUACUACCAGACCCUCAGAGCGAUGAGCCCCUCGACGAGAACUUGACGCCCUGGUCAGCUUCCAGCCCUCCCCAUGGCGAGUCCCGGGAUCGCAGUCCCAGUCCAGAGGGUCCGCGGCCACCUUUGCCUCCGCGCCCGAACACCUUAAGCUUGUUAAACGACGAGACGGCAUCGCGAACCGCGAAUUUACAAUGUGAGGCGACAACAGCCGUUUCUCGAGGGGAGAUUGGUACGCAGUCACCGGAAGCCGCAGGUAGUGUCUAUUCGACACUGGCAGUGCGUGGCUUGUCUCGAGGGCUCAAGGCGAGGGCCAGCCUUAGCCAUUUAGCUAGUCCGAGAGGCAGCGAGGCCGGAGACUCGGCGAGCAUUCGAAGUUCAAUCCAGAACAGUGAUCCUGGAGAUGUCGAAGCCCUGUUCAAGGACUUCGUGGCGACAGCGCCUGUAGAUCAGCCGGGUACCGCAAGCUUGCUUCACUUUCCCGAAUUCCCCGCCGAUGAUGUGGACGAUGACGAGUUUAUGGGCGAGUUUGAGCCGGUCGGUGAACUAGAUGAAGAUGCUGGCAAUGAAGAGUUGCUCCUUCAGCGGUGGAAGUCAAGGCAGAAACACUACAUGAUUCUUUCGGCCGCUGGCAAGCCGAUUUGGACGCGGCACGGCGACGGAGGGUUGAUUUCAACCUAUGUCGGGGUCGUUCAGACCAUCAUAUCGUUCUAUGAAGAUUCGAACGACCAUCUCCGUAGCUUCACAGCUGGGGAUACUAAAUUUGUCAUUAUGACUCGAGGGCCCCUACAUCUCGUCGCCAUCAGCCGCAUGAUGGAGAGUGAUGACCAGCUGCGGCUCCAGCUAGAAGCUUUUUACAUGCAGAUCCUAUCCACUUUGACGCUGCCUUCCCUCGCUCAUCUCUUUUCCGUGCGGCCAUCUACCGAUUUGAAGCGACCGUUGCAAGGCUCAGAAACUCUCUUGUCGUCAUUGGCAGACAGUUUUACCCGCGGAUCACCAUCUACUUUGCUAUCUGCUUUGGAAUGUCUCAAGCUACGCAAAGUACAUCGCCAAUCGAUUAACAAUGCACUUUUGAAAUCCAAAGCCAGCAGUCUGCUCUAUGGAUUGGUGGUUGCAGGUGGGCGACUCGUGAGUGUUGUACGGCCAAAGAAACACUCGCUCCACCCGGGUGAUCUACAGCUUCUCUUCAACAUGGUAUUCGAGGCCGAUGGCGUCAAGGCUGGAGGCGGAGAAAGUUGGAUCCCCGUCUGUCUACCUGGUUUCAACAGCAGUGGCUACCUAUAUAUGUAUGUCAGCUUCCUCGAUCUCCGAGGCGACAUCGACGAGAAUGAGGACAUUUCGAAAGACGAGUCAGUUGCCAUUGUCCUCAUCAGUCCGGACAAGGAAAGCUUCUUCGAGAUGCAAGGAAUGCGUCAUUCGUUUGUGGAACAAAUGGAGAAGAAUGGCAGUCUUAAGGUGAUCGCUUCUGCAAUUGACCAGGGUCGGCCGGCAACCACGGACAUUGUGCCCGGGACGGUGCUGCACCAUUUUUUGUAUAAGUCCCGGCCGAACGUUCAAUUUACCAUGUCGUCUUACUCUCCUGAGUUCACUUCGAUCUCUCGCCGGCGAAGAUUGAUGUCUGUGUACAAUAACAUUCACUCCAGCGUCCACGCCAAGAACACCCAUGUCAAGGUACACCACUGCGUAUCACGGUCAGCAAGUUCAUUUGCAUGGGUGACCCCGGUCUUUGAGUUAUACUGCGUUGCUGAGCCGAACGCGAACCGAAACGCGCUGGUGCAAAGCGCCAGCAAGGUCGCUCAGUGGGUACAACAAGAGGAAGAAAGACUAUUCAUCAUUGGUGGUGCCGUACGUAUCAUCUGA